GUUAAGGCGAUGGACUGCUAAUCCAUUGUGCUCUGCACGCGUGGGUUCGAAUCCCACCUUCGUCGGAGCCUUUUUGCUGCUGCUUCAAUCACGCUGGUGCUGGGUGCCUGCCAACCUCAGCUGUGCCCCUCGGCACCCCUUGCCUGGGACCCCCCAUCUCCCUGUUGUACCCCUUUGGUUCUCCAUUGCUCACCCGCCAUCCCCUGCAGUUGGGAGGGGGCUCGGUGUAAGGGUUGAGCAAAGGCUGGGUGCUGCUGGGCCCCCUGGGUGCCGUGAGUGCAGGGGCCAGGGGCACAGGGCAGCAGGGCGCCAUGGCUUAGCUGGUUAAAGCGCCUGUCUAGUAAACAGGAGAUCCUGGGUUCAACUCCCAGUGGUGCCUGGCCUGGGGGGGACUGUUUUUCUCCCUGCCCCACACCACUUCUCACCUCCAAACCCCCAACUCUGGGCUGGGAGCACCACGGGGAAGACAUCACUAUUUCCCCCCCCCCCCCAACAGGUUUGCACAUAGAAACCAGGGAGGCCAGGUGAAAAGAGUUAAAGAAGAAUCUCAAAGUGAGCCAGGUGCUGGCACUGAGAUGGCUUAAAGUCCCUUGUUCAGGGCAUGUGGUAAAGGACCCCCUUCCCCCUAUCAGAAAUAUUUAAAAGAACUGUUACUGCAGAAAGUGGCUAUUAAGGAGUAAGAUGAUAGCCCCGUGGGAGAGGAAGGUGUGGCCGAAAAGCAGGCUGGGCUGGACGAAGUGUGCAAUGGUGAUGAGGUAGGUGCUCUUGGGGAAUGUGUGUGGAAGAAAUAGGAGGCCAUUUCCACCAGUGGUGCGUGUCACCUGGAGCCGGCCUGUUGCUGGCAUCAGGGAUGUCCUGUGGCUUUGGGCUGGCCUGGGUGAGGACCUGAACAAAGAGCUCGUGGUUCAGCUCCUGCUCCCCCCCGGUGAGGGGAUUAGCCCUCUCUUAUGGCUAAUCCCAGCUGUCCAACGGGCCCAGCCACCCUGGGCAGGUAACAGAGCUCCUGCCGUGUCCCCUGUGCCAGCUCCGCUGCCCCCAGGGAGCCGAUGCCUCCCACUGCGCCGUUGGAGGAGGUAUAAGAGCCCCGCGGGCCAGCUGCGGGCAAGCAGCGAUGCUGGGGGAACAGGUCCUGCUGCUGCUCGCGGGGCUGGCCAGCACUGUGGGGGGUGGGCAGGAGCCAGGCCAGGGGCCGCGCGGUGCCCCCAUCAUUGCAGUGCCCAACGGGGGACCCUGGGGCAACUGGGCCUGGCCAGACAUGUGCCCCGAGGGGACCUACGCCAGCGGCGUCAGCUUCAAGGUGGAGCCGCCUCAGGGGGCCGUGGAGGACGACACGGCGCUCAAUGGCAUCCGCCUGCACUGCUCCCCCCGGGGGGCUGGUGACGGCGGCUCCGUGGCGGAGUCGCAGAGUGGCAGAUGGGGCCGCUGGUCGGAGCCCCGCUGGUGCCCUCACCGAGGGCACGUGGUGGGGUUUGCGCUGCGGGUGCAGGCGCCCCGGCGCAGCUUCCUGAGCGACGAAGUGGCUGCCACGAACGCCCGUUUCGCCUGCUCUGGCGGGCAGGUCCUGGAGGGGCCGGGGCCCGACCUGGGCCAGUGGGGCGGCUGGAGCCCCCCGUGCCCCGGGGCCGUGUGCGGCAUCCAGACGCGGCAGGAGCUUCCGUGGGGGCUGAGAAGGGACGACACAGCCCUGAAUGACCUGCGUCUCUUCUGCUGCAAGGGGUGAUCACCAGGAACACGCUGCGGGGCAUUGGGUCCCGGGGGAGACCCAGUUCCACGGCAGAGCCUUCACCCAGGACCCUCUUCCUUCCACGGUCUCUUGGCAGGCCCUCAGCCCUGGUGUCCUCAUAGAGCACCUCCCCUUUAUCCCCAUGGGCUCCUUCAUCCCACCCAGACUUGCAGAGUCGCCGGUGUCUCUGGGACUGCCCUCCUUCCUGCCUAAACGAGCUUGCAGUAAAAAAAUGCACCAAGA